UUUCUCUGCUUUCAAAGUGCGUAUUGGCAGGAAGAUUAAGAUUUUACACACUAUGAAAAGUGAAACUACAUGCCAGAAGCUAGAAUAAAAAAGGCUUUCUUUAAAAUCAGCUUCAACAUGGCUGACAUUGAUAAAAUGGUGGGAAAAGAAGAAUAUAAACCGGUUCCACAGAAUGAGCCCGAGAAAAUGGUGCCAAUGGAGAUGGAGGACGCAGAGCAAGAUAAUGUUGGACUAAAGCCAAAGAUGACGCUCUUGAAUGGUUGCACUGUUAUUGUCGGAUCAAUUAUCGGCAGCGGUAUCUUCGUCUCUCCGAGUGGAGUCCUAGCGCAAACCGGUUCUGUCAACAUGUCCUUAGUGGUCUGGAUCACCAGCGGAAUCUUCUCUAUGAUUGGUGCGUACUGCUAUGCAGAAUUGGGAUGUAUGAUAAAGAAGACAGGGGCAGAUUACGCGUACAUCAUGGUCACAUUCGGGAGCUUCCUUGCAUUUAUCAGGCUAUGGGUCGAGUGUAUGAUUGUACGACCAUGCAGCCAGGCUAUUGUCGCACUAACCUUCUCUAUAUAUGCGACAAAACCAUUCUUUCCGGAGUGCGACCCUCCUGACGGCGCAGUGCGACUUCUUGCCGCAAUCUGUAUUUGUGAGUGAUUUACUAACUUUUCUUAUUAUA